CAUCAGUUCCUUCGUCUCUCUCAGUGAGGGGUCUCCAUUGCGAGAGCAGUCGUCAGCAGCUGUCUUCUUGUAACACAACAACAUCGACAAGCUGUCACAGUAGUACGAUCGACGCCACCAUGCCGGGACUCACCAUCGGCGACACCGUCCCCAACCUGGAGCUGGACUCCACCCACGGCAAGAUCCGCAUCCACGACUACGUCGGCGACGGCUACGCCAUCAUCUUCUCCCACCCCGCUGACUUCACGCCGGUGUGCACGACGGAGAUGGCGGCGAUGGCGGGGUACGCCAAGGAGUUCGAGAAGCGUGGCGUGAAGCUGCUGGGCAUCUCGUGCGACGACGUGGAGUCGCACAGGGAGUGGACCAAGGACAUCGAGGCGUACGGCGGCGGGAAGCAGAAGGUGACGUACCCGAUCCUGGCGGACCCGGGUCGGGACGCCAUCCGGCAGCUCAACAUGGUGGACCCCGACGAGAAGGACUCCAACGGGGUGAGCCUGCCGUCCCGCGCGCUCCACGUCGUCGGGCCCGACAAGGCCGUGAAGCUGAGCUUCCUGUACCCGGCCACCACGGGGCGGAACAUGGACGAGGUGCUGCGCGCCGUCGACUCGCUGCUCACCGCCGCCAAGCACGGCGGCAAGGUCGCCACGCCCGCCAACUGGAAGCCCGGGGACCGCGCCGUCAUCGCGCCCAGCGUCUCCGACGAGGAGGCCAGGAAGAUGUUCCCGCACGGGUUCGAGACCGCCGACCUGCCCUCCAAGAAGAGCUACCUCCGCUUCACCAAGGUCUAGCUAGCUAGGUGUUCGACUGCGGACCUAGUUCGUUGCCGGCCGGCCGGCCGGCCGGCGGCGGCGUACGUGCGCGGAUCUUUUGUGCCACCGGCCUCGGCCUGCUGGUGCUUCUAGUCUGAACUGGUAUAUGGGCUGGGCUCUAUGUAUGCGGUGUAUGUUCAGUAAGUAUGCUGUAAGCCUGUAACGUCACCCGUCUCGUGUACGGGUGGAAAACAGUGCCGCUUAGCAACGUCCAUGUCCUCUUCUGAACUUGUCGCAGUGCACAUCUUGUAUAUGUGUGAGAUGUACUACGUGUCGUCUGCCCGUAAUCGGAAGUAUCCAGCC